GUACAAUCUAGUACGGUGUAAAUUGCUCCAAAUAACUUUUUCCUUUCUCUUUUGAAAUACUCACCAGUUGUAAAGGCCAGCUAUUCUAAUAUAAACUUUCGCAUUUGAAUAAAGGAGAAGAAGAAGAAAAGAAUAGCUUAAUAUGACUACAAUGAUGUCUGCUAAACAAAUUCGGCAAGCUUAUAUUGAUUUUUUUAAAAGUAAAAAUCAUGAGUAUGUGCAUUCCAGUUCUACGAUACCACAUGAUGAUCCUACAUUAUUAUUUACAAAUGCUGGAAUGAACCAGUUUAAACCAAUAUUUUUGGGAAUAGUGGAUCCUAAUAGCGAUCUAGGAAAAUUAAUGAGAGCUGUUAACAGUCAAAAAUGUAUUAGAGCUGGAGGAAAGCACAAUGAUUUAGAUGAUGUUGGGAAAGAUGUUUAUCAUCAUACAUUUUUUGAAAUGAUGGGUAACUGGUCUUUUGGGGAUUAUUUUAAAAAAGAAAUUUGUACUUGGGCCUGGGAAUUUUUAACUGUUAAGUUAAAGUUACCAGCAGACCGAUUAUAUGUAACUUAUUUUGGAGGAGAUGAAAAGAAUAAUUUAAAACCUGAUGAGGAAUGUAAAGAAAUCUGGCUUUCUUUAGGUGUAGCUCCUAGUCAUGUAUUACCAGGAAAUAUGAAAGACAAUUUUUGGGAAAUGGGAGAAACAGGUCCAUGUGGACCUUGUAGUGAAAUCCAUUAUGAUCGUAUUGGCAACAGAGAAGCAGCUCAUUUAGUAAAUCAAGAUGAUCCAGAUGUUUUGGAAAUUUGGAAUCUCGUAUUUAUACAAUUUAAUAGGGAAACUGAUGGAAGUUUGAAACUGCUACCAAAAAAACAUGUUGAUUGUGGCUUAGGUUUGGAAAGAUUAGUGUCAGUGAUACAGAAUAAAAAAGCAAAUUACGAUACAGAUUUAUUUGUACCACUUUUUGAUGCAAUACAAAAAGGUACAGGAGCACCUCCUUACCAAGGCAGAAUAGGCAUGGAAGACAAAGAUGGAAUAGAUAUGGCUUAUAGAGUUUUGGCAGAUCAUGCAAGAACUAUUACAAUUGCUCUUGCAGAUGGAGGUGUACCUGAUAAUACUGGUAGAGGAUACGUAUUGAGAAGAAUUUUAAGGCGUGCUGUACGUUAUGCAACUGAAAAAUUGAAUGCUAAACCUGGAUUUUUUGGAUCAUUGGUGAAUGUUGUGGUAGAUCUUCUUGGUGACAUCUUCCCAGAAGUAACAAAAGAUCCACAGUACAUAAUUGAUAUUAUUAAUGAAGAAGAAACUCAGUUUCUUAAAACGUUAUCACGUGGUCGUAAUUUAUUAAAUCGUACUAUAACAAAAUUAGAAUCAUCAAAUGUUCUCCCAGGUGAUGUUGCAUGGCGUCUAUACGAUACGUACGGUUUUCCAGUUGAUUUAACACAACUUAUGGCUGAAGAGAAGGGAUUAAAAGUAGAUAUAAUCGGUUACGAAGAAGCAAAAAAACAAGCUCAGCUUAUUUCUCAAAGUAAAAGUGGUGGAGUAGAUGAUCAAAUUAAUUUGGAUGUUCAUGCGAUCACUGACUUGCAAAAUAAAGGAAUUAAACCAACAAAUGAUUUACCAAAAUAUAAUUACAAUGUUACAAAUAAUAAUUUAUAUGAAGAAUAUGAGUUUGUUUCAUGUUCUGGCACUGUUAUUGCUCUUAGAUGUGCAAAGACUUUUGUUGAUGAAAUAUCAUCAGGAGAAGAAGUUGGAAUUUUGUUAGAUCAAACGAAUUUCUAUGCAGAGCAAGGUGGACAAAUAUAUGAUGAAGGAUUUUUAGUGAAAAUCAAUGACGAAGAUACCGAAGUUCGCAUUAAAAAUGUUCAAGUUAGAGGUGGUUAUGUUUUACACAUUGGAACUGUAGGUCAAGGAAAAUUGAAAAAAGGCGAUAAAGUUUCUUUAAAUAUAGAUACUACACGAAGGAGAUUUAUAAUGAGCAAUCAUACUGCUACUCAUGCUCUCAAUUACGCUCUUCGUAAAGUGUUAGGUGCAGAAGUUGAUCAGAAAGGUUCCUUAGUUGCACCUGACCGUCUUCGCUUUGAUUUUACAAAUAAAGGCGCAAUGACUGCAGAACAAAUAAGAAAAGUAGAAGAAAUUGUAAAUAAUAUGAUAAAAGAAAAUAAAAAAGUUUAUGCUAAAGAAAGUAAUUUAGCGCAAGCAAAAACCAUUCAAGGAUUACGUGCUAUGUUUGAAGAAACAUAUCCUGAUCCUGUAAGAAUUGUUAGUUUAGGUAUACAAGUUGAAGACUUAGAAAAAGAUCCUUUAGGUCCUGGUGCAUUACAAACUAGUGUAGAAUUUUGUGGUGGAACGCAUUUACAUUAUACAGAACAUAUCGGAGAUUUUGUUAUAACUAGUGAAGAGGCUAUUGCUAAAGGUAUUAGACGAAUAGUAGCUUUGACAGGACCUGAAGCAAUAAAAGCUCAGAAGAAAGCAUCUGUAUUAGAAAGUCAUUUAGAUCAGCUUCAAGCAAUUAUAGUAGCUGAUAAAAGUGGCGUGAAUAUAAAAGAACAUAUAAAAAAAAUAAUUGAAUUAACGGAUGAUAUUUCACAUGCUGUUAUUUCAAGUUGGAAAAAGGAUAAAAUGCGUAAAAUGUUAAAAGAUUUAAAAAAAACACUCGAUGAUAAAGAACGUGCAGCUAAAACCACAAUAGCCAAUGCAGUGGUAGACACUAUUCAACAAAUAAUUCAACAAGAUAUUGGACGUCUAGUAUUAGUAGAAGUUUUACAAGCGUACAGUAACACAAAAGCUUUAGACUCAGCUCUUAAAAAGAUAAAAGCUGUAUCUCCAGAGACAAGUGCAUUACUCAUAAGUGUCGAUUCUGACGCUAAAAAAAUUUUUGCACUUUGUGCAGUAUCUAAGUCUGCUGUAAAUAAAGGAUUAAAAGCAAAUGAAUGGAUUCAAGAAAUUGUUCCAUUAAUGGAAGGAAAAGGAGGCGGAAAAACUGAAUCUGCUCAGGCCUCGGGUACUAAUAUAUCAUGUGUAACCAAAUUGGUAUACACCGCUAAAAAUUUUGCUAACUCGAAACUUGGAAUAGCAGAGGAUAUUAUAAGUGAAAAUCACGAGCAGUUAAAAAAUAAUGAAAAAUCUAUAUAUUCCGAAAAUUCAAAAAAUAAAUUAGUACUUUUCAGCGAUAUUGGAAGUAUUAAAUACUAUCGUACUCAAAUAGUCGCUAAAUAUAGCGACAUAGAAUUAAUUACGUUACAAUAUAAAAAUGAUGAUACAUCCAAAUCUAUUAAAUUAGAAGGAAAUGGUUUUGAACUGUUUGAUAGCAAUGCAAUUGCAUUUUAUUUAUCGAGUAAUCAAUUAAAAUGUUCAAGUAAUCCUUUUGCAUUCAGUGAAAUUUUACAGUGGUUAAGUUAUGCAGAUAAUCACAUUUUGCCAGCGGUACUUGGAUGGAUUGUGCCAUGUUUUUCAAAGAAUGUUCCAAAUAACAUAAAAACAAAUAUUAAAACAUCUAAAGAAGAUGUUCUUUCUUCUUUGAAGAAACUAAAUAACAUACUAUUAACAAAAACCUAUUUAGUGGGAGAAAGAGUUAGUCUUGCAGAUAUUGCUGUUUUCACUGCUCUAAUGCCAUUAUAUGAAUAUUUAUUAGAUUCAACGUAUAGAAAACAAUAUACAAAUUUAAAUCGAUGGUUUUUUACUAUCUUAAAUCAAUCGCAAGUAGCUAGCGUGAUAAAAAAAUUUAAAGAGCAAUGUUUUCAGCAUUUGGGGGUUCAGAUUUUAUAAAUAUAUGAGUUAAAGCUCCUGCAGAAUGAAAUUGUUUGUCUAAACUACGAUAUCCAGUUACUAUGUAACUUUGAAAAAAU